AUGCUCGACAGACUGCCCCUCGAACUCCAAGCGUACAUCCUCGUCUUCCUCCCCGCUCAAUCCCUCGUUCGAACGCUAACCCUCACGAACCACCACUUUCACGACCUGGUGGAAGCGCACAUCCAACGCUACUGUCUACGCUACCUCGGUCUUGGCUGUCACUCUGCCGAUCCGGACUCUGCAGCUGUACUGGAAUUUGAGGCGCAGCGACCGAUCGAUACGGUGACCGCAAAGCACGUGUUGCACUUUUCGCACUUUGCAGCGGUCCACCCAUCUUCUUACAAUGCAAACCUGCCGCCGUUGUCGAGCGCGGCGGUGUUCAGUUUUGCCACGGGAUCGAGCAGUCGAGUUGCGGUCAACUCGGAGCGAUUGAGGGGGAGGGGGAGGAGCGAAGUCUCGGUGGGGGUGGAGACGGAAGGGAGGCUAGGGGUGACGCCGUUUCAGCCGUAUCUGCCGGGGGUGCACGAGGACGAUCGGGCGAGAGCGGCGAACCAGAUGAUCGUGUCGAGCUCGUUGGAUCUGGACGAGCGGGUGUCGAGGACAUCAUCGGCGGCGCAAAGUCGAUCGAGCAGCACAGCGAGCACUUCGAGAGCAAGAGCAAUUGCACAGGAGAUCGCGCAAGCACCCUUCCCCUUUUUGCGACAGAGCAUCGAGGCUGCCAAUCGACACGCGAUGCAUCGUCCCUCGAGCAGCACCGCUGGAUCCACGCCGAGCGCAACGCAGGGGCUGAAUGAGCCACUGGACGCAUACGACUGGGCUGGACCUCCUGGCACCCGAGCCACCUCUACCGGGCUCUCCUCACGCAAGGCGCAGCGCGAUAAACCCGCAUGCUACGCCUUCCAGCUCGACCCACUCGACUCGUUCGAAUCGCUCAUUCUCACCCUCACUGCGCGUCGCUCGGUGCCAGACGCGGCCGCGGCGAUUCACGCGAUUCUCCGUGGCGAGCCAUCGUCCUCGCAUCGCCUUCGGUACUCCAAAACCCUAGCGGAAGGUCUCGAUCGGGUCUUCCGGGACUGGUUCCGACCCUCCCCCUCCCCCUCCCUCCCGGCCGAACGCACGCUCGAAUUCGAUACGACCUCGUGUACACUCGCGAUCCAACCCCACGCCUCGCCCCUCGCAGCCAGCGCCCACCCUGCGCACUCCUCCUCCUCGCACGAUUACUUGUCCAGACCACCGCUCAGCACGCAAUAUGCCAAUCUAGCAAGCAACGAGCGCGUCGAGCUGACAUUUCACUGCGAGACGGUGCGCAUCAAUGCCGCCCGUCUGCUCGCUACCCUGGAGCGGCUCGAACACGAUGUGCUGGCCAACCAGGCGAGGAGCAGGUUGGCACUCAAGGGUUUGCCUCGGAUCGUCGCGGGGAGUGGCGCGCGCGUACCCUCGACCGCGUGGACGGCAAAUGCCAGUACAGGGUACUUUAUGAUCUCCCCCCUGCCCACCGCUGUUCAGGAGGGCUGA